AUGGAAGAGAUCCUGUGCUGCCACUCUAGAUGCCUGGACAUCUGCCUGAGCAACGAAGUCGAACGCAUCCAUGCCAUGAAACUGAUCCGGAAGAUAAUCCAGCUGUUUCCCCACCAGGUGCCGCUGUCGAUGCUCUACCCCAUGGUAGCUAUUGGCAGGGAUGGCUCCUCUGAGAGGGAUCGACUGAGGCGGGCUUGUCUUGCAACCAUCUGUGAACUCGCGUUUGUGAAUGCCCAGGCAGCUGACCGGUGCGAUGCAAUCAGCUGCAUUCUGCGCAACAUCCUGGACUGCUAUCACUAUCCACGGAUCAACGAGUCACUUGUGGUGACGGUGCUUUUCCUGCUAAACCAUCCCAACACGCGGCACUACAUCAAGCAGAACACUGACCUUGAGCAACUAAUUGCUCCCUUUACUGACUGUCACUUCAAAUUCAGCGCUGAGACCAAUGAACACGGCACUGGAGAGUUAGAAUAUCGCCAUGGGGCUUUUAAACGCCCUAAACCAUCUACAGUAGAUGAACAGGAAACUCGAUUCAAGGCAAGCAAGAUGGCCCUUCUAACUGUGAUGAGAUCUUGGCCAGGGCUUAUCAGAAUGUGUCGACCAACAGGCUCAGGGUUACAGUCUCUUAUAGGCAUCCUAUAUAUCCAAAACAAUGAGAUUAGGCAAGCCAUCAUGGAUGUGAUGUUCGACUUGUUCCGCCUAACCACUCCGAAGUUGACAGACAGUUUUGUUGAAGCUUUAAACAGUGUUGAUCCUUCUGCAAUGAGAGAAGAAUGGAAACUUCUAGAAGGUUUCGUGGCAGAAGAAGGCAGAGCCAUAUUACCACAUUUGGCAAAAGUCAGCCAAGAACAUUUCCGUACCCUGUUGUAUACAAAAGUGGCCUUGGUGGAAGUCAUUACCAGCACAGAGGGACAUUUAUUUAUCAGAGCUGUGAUAUUGCUGGGAGAACUUCUACACAUGGCCAACACAUUGUUGCCCCAUGAAUGCACAACACAUAGCCAUUGUUUACCCAACCUUAUGGCUGUUGCCUCAUCCUUCGAUAUCCCGGGUCAACACAGACACCGUGCCACGUUAGCGGUGAGUUACCUGAAUCGCAUUCACACCCUGAAAAAGCGCGGCCCGAGGCCGUGCAGCCUGUUUCUUGACCAACUCAUCCAGAACGCAAACACCACACUACAACAGGAGAGCUUCUACACUCAGUUCAGCCAGGACAAAUUUUCAUCGGAUGCAGUGAAAACUGUGUUCAACGCUGAUGACUUUGUAAGUCAGGUGAUCAGAGAGACGUUUGUACGCCGCCUGCUAUAUUUUUUCAAACCAACCAGUGGUCAGUACUCGUCCAUUGAACAGAAAUAUCCCGCUGCCCGCAAAAUCACAGUUGCCUGUUGUCACUUCAUUGAUUUCCUUAUUGAAACAGAUGUGGAAGAGACCAAUAAACUGAUUGUUGAAUUCCUGGGUGACAUUAAUAAUUGUUUGUCAGAGAUGAAGAGCGAGCGGGCUAUUAGUGAUAGUAUCUUCUCACCAACUCUUAUCAACAAUACGCUCUCCAAAUACUACUUCCUCUUCAUCGGUCGGUUCUCAGCCACUGACCGUGGAGAGCAGUGUCUACAGCGAGCUGGCAUCUUCCAAAGCAUCUGUGAUGUAAUCUCCGCCUCGACCCCUGAUGUCUACAUCAAGUUGAUCGUGUCCAGUAUGUAUUAUGCUCGGGACUGUUCCACUAAAGUUAUUCUUUCCAAGGCGCUGGUUUCCUCCUCCGAGAAUGGUCGGCUGUAUGCAACAAAAUUCCUGCGAGUGCUUCUACGAACCAAGAUGCCUAUGUUUCGAUCCUGGGGCAUGGAGGUGCUGGUCACGCAACUGUAUGACCAGAGUCGGGCCGUUGCUAUGGCAGCACUGAAUGUGAUCGAUGAAGCAUGUGAAAUCCAGAGUAACCUGGAGUCUCUAAUCAAACACCGGCCCUCCGUGCUACACCUGGGCGAGAAAGGUACCAUGUUGUUGUGUCGUUUUCUGUCUCAUCAACGUGGCUUCACUUCACUGCGAGACACAAACUACAUUGACAAUGAGCUGGUCCGAUGGCACAAGGUUUGUAGAGCACCACUAGGCAUUUGUUUCUCUUCUCUUUCUCUUUGUGCAUUUUUAUUGUUUUUUUUUUGGCAUAAUUCUUGGAGAGAUAAAUUCCUGCUGUCUCUAGCACCGAGACCACCAGAUCCUGUGAUUUCAACCUUGUUUGCGACUAAACUGUUUUUCCUGAUCUCCUGUUGCAGAUGUCCGCGUAAAGACGUCUACCUCCCUAUCCACUUAUAUGGACAACUGACCCAACACAAACAGGGCUUUCAGCUCCUCAAAUCUCAGGAUUGUAUCCAAGAAUAUUUCCGUUGUAUCAAGUAUCAGGUGCUCAAUACAGACACUGAUCUAAUUCAGUUGAAAUCUGCUCUUUGGGCCGUGGGUCACAUUGGCAUGUCAACAUACGGCAUCGUCUGGUUGAAGGAAGAAGGUCUGGUCACCGAAAUUAUCCGACUUGCUGAGGAGUGCGGCGUGUUCUCUGUGAGAGGUGUAAAAAAAAAGCAGUUUAUCGGCCUCGAACACGUCGACAACCCAGUCUCCUACACAAGCACCCGAGACGCAGCUGGCCUCGCCACACUGCGGCUCAUCCGACGCCAGCGGACGUCCAGCUCGGACGUCGACUCUGAUUAUGGCCUCAACAACCUAUAUGGAGAGGACGAUGCUUUUAGCCGCACCUGCAGUAUUGGAUCGCAGAAGAGCGCAGAGGCCAUGAGUUUCCACGAAUCAAUACUGCGUAACAUGAGUUCGUCCUCACUGCAAGACUUUGAGAUUCAACAUUCCAGUCCUUAUAGCACUAUGUCGAAAAGUGCUCAGACAAUACCGAGGCUUGGUUCCGUUCACGCAGAAUUUGUUGGUCUGUGUUUGCCCGUCGACAUAAACAUGUUAUUUGAGGUCGUUGAAGGUGAAGACCGUCGAAGUAACUCCAUGUCAUCCACCCAUUCACCACCCACCGAUAGGAAAUCCACAACAAAACACUCAGACUAUAGUAAGAUGCCGAAACUGAGUGUGACAGCGGGCUGUGACGAACCAGAACAACAUCUACCACAAAACUGCUUGAUGUGUUGUCACCUACAGAGACUGGAUGGUGCGGCCAGCCAGACUGUAUCCAUCAACAUCACGGAUCUAGACAACAACAUCUCGUACCUGGACACUGUGUUACCGAUCUCAUCAGAACUGACCGGAUCCAGUCAGAAGGUUCUAGAAAGCAGCAGCAACAGUCCAACACCAACCAUUGAACCAACACAGACGCGCUUGAUCGAGGCCCGAAGUAACAGUCAUGACGCCUCCUGGGUCACCCCUAGCAGCAUAACCAGUAAUACAAGUACAGAGUCAGCAACCAAGAAGCUCACAGACGACAGCCCCUUCGGCAAGACCCAGAUCCGGAAAGAAAUCCUGAAGUUUGUCGUGAACCUGAGCAGUUCAGUUGGCUUGAAGAUGUCUGAACAAGGACUCUUGAGGUAA